ACAGACGUUUCAGUGAUACCAGUUAUUCCCUUAUGGCCAGGGCAGCAGAAUAAGUGUUUGGAUGAAUGUUCAAGUUAGGAAAAACUGAGAUUUUCUCAUACAUCCCCCUGUUUAUCCAAGGGAGGGUGGGAGGAUGCUGGAAGAAGAGGACUCAGUGCAAGAGAAGAAGCAACAGGUAACCAGUGCGGGAAGACUAGACUGCAACCAGCCAACCAGCAGUGCCACAGUGUCAGAAUCGCAUACUAGAGGGCAUCAUGAAGCUGCUUUUUAUUGGUUUAUGUUUCACCUGUAUUCUACUGGGUACAUUUCUUGAUGCCAGACCUGUGUACGAGGAGGACGACCCCUAUCUAGAGGCUCCUGCUCAUCCCUACUGGCCCUUCUCUACCUCGGACUUCUGGCAAUAUGUAGAACAUUUCCGCUCAAUGGGUGCAUAUGAGAAUAUCAAUGACCUAGCUCGCACGUUCUUUGCUCACUACCCUAUUGGAGAUACUUUGGGAUACACAAGCCGCGAUCAUGAUCAUUAGAAGCGAGAUAGUAUUCUGCAUCGCCUAGCUGUAUAUACUAAAGCCCCACACCUCUAAGGAAUGAUACGCCAGUUCUAUCUAUGCAAAUACGGUGACAUGAAGGUUUCAGACUGGAGGAAAUCCCUGCAUUAUUACUGUCCUGCAGAAAGGAAAAGAAGAUACAAGAAUAUAUAGAAAUAUAUGCUGUAAACACAACUCGUCUACCUAUGUCAUAUUUAUAAUCAAUAAAGGAUGGC